AUGGACACGAUAGUCAAGCGUAUUGUCAGUUUGGUUAAGACAAAGAAUAUGGUCACCACUGCUGCCGCUCUUAAAAGAUUGGCGCUCUUGUUGACGCUAAUCACUGCAUGUAAUCGCGUUACGGAGGCACUCGAGUGCUACGCCUGUGACUCUGCCGAGGAUUCAGAGUGUGCCACCCGGCCGGGUCAACAACUGGAGGUGGAGGAGUGCGCCAAGGCCAAUGACGAGUGCGUCACAUCGAUAACCGCGGGAUUGACACGUCGCGGCUGCCUCGGACGUCUCUACCCAAAUGGCUACUGUGCCGAGCCAUGCGAGCAUUGCAACACAAGUCUCUGCAAUCGCGACGUCUAUCCGACGGAUCGACUGCGCUGCUAUCAGUGCAGUGGUGCCGAGUGCAUUGACGUCAGCAAGCGACCACAGCUAUUGCUGCCCUGCCCCAUAUAUAAUGCUGAGGAUCGGUGCUACACGAACAUCAUCCAUUUGUCAAACACACAACGCGGCUGCGAACACACGAACCUGCCCUCGGACUGCCCGCAUGUGUGCCUCAAGUGCAACUACAAUGGCUGUAAUGCCGAGCUCACGGUGAGCGAGACACAUUGCCUGCAGUGCACCCACAACCGGAAUUCGCCCAGUCCUGCGUGCUUGCGGACGCAGUCGUCGGAACUGCCUGCGGCGAAGUGUGCUCUGAGCAAUGAGACGGUGACGUCUUGCGUCAAUAAGGUCAUGUACGGGCAUCAGGAACGCUGCUUCUUGUAUCGCAAUGAUCAGACCGAGGUUGUGCAGCGGGGCUGCUCCAGCAUCAUGGGCUUCUAUCCAACGGGCGAGUUACAGGAGUGUUAUGGCGAAUUCUGCAAUACAGACUGUCUGGACAUCGCCUGUGCCACCUGCAAUGCCUCGACUGAUGCCAAUUGCCGCACUGGGCGAAAUCUGAAGGCGGAAAAGUGUGCCAACGGAACAGUCGGCUGCUAUGCCUGCGAGCAAGACACUCAGCUGCGAAGAGGCUGUGCUGACGCCGACUUCCAUCCUGGCGACCAGGAGGCCUGUCAGCUGUGCCGGAGUGCCGAUGGCUGUAAUCAGUGGUCGGUUCGCACCUGCUAUCGUUGUAAUUCGUUGGAGCACGGCGAUGAUUGUGGCACAAUGACUCAACCUAGUGAGAUGGGGCGCAGCAAUUGCACUUCGGCAACGGAGCUGUGCGUGAGCACCGUGAUUAGUCGCUUGGAUCUAAUCCACACGGUACGCGGCUGUGCUGGUGAGGUGCCCGAGUGUACCUCCAAUGAUCCUUACUGUGUGCGCUGCAAUGGCAGCCUUUGCAAUACGGCGUCCACCUUGUGGACAGAGAAGGCAUUAAGUGUGACAAGCUUGAGCCUUUUGAAGAGCAAUUCCCAGCCGAUGAAGCGGCAACGUCUGGCCACAACGCUCUUGAAAUAUCUGUGGCCGUUUGUGUGA